GCAAACAAUACAUUACCUAUUGUCUUGAGAACCAAGAAAGUUGUCUUUGAAGAUAUCCAAAAGGAGAAUCCAAAGAGUGAAGGUGUUCAAUUGAAAUUUAAACAAUAUACUGGUUAUUUCAAAUCAAUUAUUCAUUUUUAUAGAAUUGGUAUUCAAAAUGUAUGGCAAAAUAGGACAAGAGUUGCAGAGAUCAAAUCAAAGUAUUCCAUUGAAAAUGUUGAACAAGAUGGAUCCAUCACGAAAAGGAAAUUGAAAAACAGUGGAGAUUUAAUAAAUUUAUUAAAUGCUUUAGAAACCAUGCAAAUUAUUGAACAAGAAACUUUGAAAAAAUUUGAUAAAACUACAAUACUUAACCUAAACAGAUUAGAAUUCCAAACAAUCUUGAGAACACAACAAGAUUUUUAUAAAAUUCCAUUAUUCGCCAUGAUUUUACUGGUAUUUGCAGAGACUACACCAAUAUUAUGCUAUAUUUUCCCCGAGUUGGCACCAUCAACUUGUGUCUUCCCCGGAUUAUUGAUCAAGAAAUAUUCAUCAUCAACUAAAGCCUUCCAACAGUUGACUAAACUGAGACUGGAAAGGUAUGGUGCAGUGUAUUCCCAGGGUGAGAUACCUUUCCAAAGCGUUUAUAAAUUACCUCAUGAUGAGUUGAAAUUACUCGUACAGUCCCUAAAUCUAAAAUCAAAAUAUUUGCCAGUUUUCCUAUAUCCAAUAUCUACAUUACAAGCCCGUUUGAAGUUCCAUUAUGAUUUGAUUAAAGUUGAUAAUCAUUAUUUAAUAAAUGGUGAAGAUGGGAAUAAUAUUUGGGGGUUGAAUAAGAAUGAAUUGAUAAGAAGUUGUUUGGAUAGAGGGUUAUUGGAUUUGGAGAAAGAUGAUUUG